AUGGGAGAUGUUCCGCAGUGUGUAUUGUUUGAACAUGCCGUUGGAUAUGUUUUGUUCCGUGUUACGGAAUUCGAAGAUAUCGGAAUGAGUAUUCCGCAGGUGGAGGAGUCUAUCGUUGAUGUACAACGGUUUUGCUCAGUUGUUAAAGUACAAGCUUUUGAACCUUUUAAAAACACUGAAUCUGCAUUGGAGAAUUGCUACAGCAUAUCAGAAGGCCAGCUUCAUCCAGAUUUGCUUAAUUUUCUGGAAGCAAAUUUACCAAGAAAGAAAAAGAAAAUAGUUACACUUGCUGUUGGUGAUUCGAGAUUGGCCAGCGCUAUAAGCGAACAAAUUACCGGUAUAAAAUGUCAGAUUUCUGGAAUUGUUCCAGAACUUAUGCGUGGUAUACGCAUGCAUCUUGAACAUCUUGUUAAAGGCUUACCUCAUCAUUCGCUUUCAAAAGCUCAGCUUUCACUUGGUCAUGGUUAUUCGCGGAAAAAGGUUAAAUUCGAUAUUCAUCGCGUGGAUAAUAUGGUUAUCCAAUCAAUUGCACUUUUGGAUCAGCUUGAUAAAGAUAUUAAUCUCUUUGGGAUGAGGAUUCGAGAAUGGUAUUCAUAUCAUUUUCCCGAGCUUUUUAAAUUGGUUCCUGACCAGAUUAAUUAUAUAAGAUGUGCGUUCACUAUAAUGGAUCGAAAGAAUCUUGAUGAUGAGGUAGUCGGAAAAUUGAAUGAAAUUUUGGAAGAUAAUGACAAAGUAGCGGAAAUAGUGGAAGCUGCACGAACAUCGAUGGGAAUGGAUAUUUCUGAUCUUGAUUUGUAUAAUGUUGAUCGCUUUGCAAAGCGUGUUGAUGAAUUGACAGCUUAUCGCCAGAAACUUCAUUCAUAUGUCAAAGAACGUAUGCAUUCAUGCGCUCCUUCACUUUCGGCAUUAAUUGGAGAACAGGUAGGUGCUCGUCUGCUUUCACAUGCAGGAAGUUUAACUAAUUUAGCAAAAUAUCCGGCAUCAACUGUGCAGAUACUUGGGGCUGAAAAAGCGCUUUUCCGUGCACUAAAAACUAGAUCAAAUACACCGAAAUAUGGUCUCCUCUUCCAUUCUUCAUUUAUUGGUCGUGCGUCAACCAAAAAUAAAGGCCGCAUAUCACGUUUUCUUGCAAAUAAAUGCUCAGUAGCUUCUCGUAUUGACUGUUUCUCAGAUAUACCAGUGGCUACAUUUGGUGAACACCUCAAACAGCAGGUAGAAGAUCGUUUGAAAUUUUUGGAAAGUGGUUCAAUUCCAAAAAAGAAUUUGGAGGUAAUGAAGGAGGCUAUUGAAGAAGCAGCCACUACAAAAAUAAAGAUUUUGAAAAAAAGGAAGAAAGAAGCAAAAAGGGCUAAAAGAGCAGCUGAGCAGCAAGCAUGUGAAGAUUUUGAUAUAACACAGGAGUCUCAGCCAGAUGCCGAUGUAAUGGAAAUAGAUGAAGGAAUUGCUGAAAAGAAAGCCAAAAGGCCGAAGUUGGUGUUACAUGAAGAUAUGAAUAUUGAACAGAAGGCGCAUAAUGAUGAGAACAUUGCAGACAGUCAUAAAAAGAAAAAGAAAAAAGGAAGUUCGAAGUCCGUAAUAAUUGAAUCCAUUCACUCGGAGGAACACGGAGAAGUGAGUGGAGAAGGCAGUUCAAAGAAAAAAAAGAAGCUAAUGAAGAAAGGUGAUCUAGAAGAAACAGGAAAUGAUGAUUUACUCGAACGUCCUCAGGGUGCACUUUCAACUUUAAAUGGGGGAGGAAGUCACAAAAAGAAAAAAAAGAAAUGUUCAAUGGAGUAA